AUGGUUUGCAAUGCUGAGGAGGGAUCAUCACCAUUAACUCCAGAACAAUUACUCGACGCACAAGUUGAACGUUAUUUGAAAAACUUUCCGGAGGGAUUGAAAUUUCAACCAAGUGAUGAGGAGGCAGUACUAUAUUAUCUUGUUAAGAGAUCUAGGAAUGAGCAAUUACCUAAUACUCCAAUAAAAGAAGUAAACAUCUAUGGGUUCACUCCGGAGGAUCUUCUAGAUAGGUACAAGAAUUAUGGGAUAGAAAGAAAAGAAUUGUACGUUUUCACACCUAGAGAAAGAAAAUAUCCCAAUGGACGUCGACCUGGACGCUGUAUUACUGGUCGGUAUGUAGGAUUUUGGAGAAUUGCUGGACCAGCUAAGGAAAUUCGUGAUACAGAUCGUACUCCAAUUGGUGUCAGGCGUUCGCUGAAUUUUUAUAAAGGGACGAAAGACGAACACUCAGAUACACCAUUCACCAUGCAUGAAUACAUCUUAGAAUAUAAGAUAGAUAGUAAAUCAGGUCAGCAAGAUGGCAGAAAGAAGCAGGAGCCGGUGAAUUUGGCGUUGUGUAAGAUCUGGAAUAAACAACCUGAGAAUAUCUUAUCACCGGUAGCAAAAUCAUCGUCGGAGAUUACUGAUACUAACUUGCUCGAGAACGCAAAUACAGAAUAUAAUUCAUCAGAGCCGGUUAUGGGGGCACGUCAAGGUUCCUCCUCGAUCAAUAUGGUUAUGCCUACUGAUAAUGAAAAUUCAUCACAUCCUAACGGAUUCUUGCAACGCUACCACAUUGAAGAUGCGACCAACUCGUAUGGAGAGAUGGGGGUAUAUCAAGAUUCUUCUACCUUGAUGAAUAUGUUAAUGCCUAAUGAUGGAAACUUCUCAAAUAUUAACAGAUCCUUGCAAGACCAUAUGGCGAUGGAGGAGACAUUUGUCGAUCCUUUUAGGACGUUCGGUGACAACUAUUUGACGGGAGGAAAACAGAACGGAGAGUUACAGGUGGCAUUGAACCAGGAGAACAAAUUUGAGUCGUCAGUCCUUCGAAACGAUUUUUAUUUCAGUGGUUCUUCUUCAGCCAAUCAAUAA